AUGAUGCUCGUACAGCCCACACCUCAACAACGCAUCUCCAUCCGUGAAGAGCUUCGUGAACCCGAAAAUCAAUCGGAUAUCGAUCGUGAUAUCAAGUUAAUACGCGAAUGGUUGGAUACACAACCGCAUCUACCCAAGGACAUGGAUGAUGGCCGUUUGGCUACAUUCUUGCGUGGCUGCAAAUUCAGUUUAGAGAAGGUGAAAAAGAAGCUCGACAUGUACUAUACUAUGCGAAACGCCGUGCCAGAGUUCUUUGCCAAUCGUGAUAUACAAAGACCUGAAUUGGCUAUGGUAUUGGAUUAUUUACACUGCCCAACUCUGCCUGGUCUCACGCCGAACGGUCGUCGUAUUACGUUCGUGCGCGGCAUUGAUGUUGAUUUUCAAGCUCAUCACAUCAACGACGCUGCCAAGGUGGCGCUCAUGAUCGGUGAUAUUCGUUUGUUGGAGGAGAAAGUCGGCAUUGCGGGCGAUAUUUUCAUUGUCGAUGCAACCCUAGCGUCGGCUCAUCAUUUUGCCAAAUUUACGCCAACUGUGAUUAAGAAAUUCCUCAUUGCCGUGCAGGAGGCAUACCCGGUGAAGGUGAAAGAGGUGCAUGUGUUCAAUAUUUCGCCAUUGGUAGACACGAUCUUUAAUUUUGUACGUCCCUUCGUUAAGGAGAAGAUCCGCAAUCGUAUCACUUUCCACAGCAACAUCGAGAGUCUAUACAAGGCAGUGCCACGUGAUUUGCUGCCCGACGAAUACGGCGGCAAAGCUGGUUCGGUUGUUGAAUUGAAUCAACAAUGGAAGAAGAAAUUGGAGGAAUACACACCAUGGUUCAAGGAGCAGGAGGACAAAAAGGCCAACGAAGCAUUACGUCCCGGUUCACCAAAGACCAGCGACGAUCUGUUCGGUAUGGAGGGUACUUUCCGACAACUGAACAUCGAUUAGAUUGUUCCGUAGAUUGGCUGGUCGAAUUUACAUGUAGUUGAGAUUAAGUGCUAGAAUAGAAUGGAUGUACGGAUACUGUCGCGUGCUGCGGCUUACUCAUGCUAGCGCUUUAAUGCGGGCUGCUGCUUUUUUCGUGCUCAAAUUCGUAUUAUAGCUUAAAUAAAAUACUGACAUCGCUCCAUCUGUAUAAAUACCAUUCGCUUGUGCGUAUACUUCCAAAAACAAAAAACAAUAUAUAUCUAUAAAAAAAUAUUUUAAAAUAAUUACUUUAUCUUUUACCAUAAUUAAUAUCAUUUAUUAGUAUUGAUCCGUAUUGCCUCGUAAUUUUUUCGAUUAAACUUGCUGUUUCGGCGUGUUUUUGUCAAAGAAAUAUUACUUACAUUAAUAUCUUAUGUAAAUCUAUUUCAUUUUGUUAACAAGCUGAGAAGGAAAUGAACUUACUCACCACACUCAUUUCAUUUAUUUCCUUUUGUUAUUCUUCG